CCGGAUUUUGCUGCCAACGACCAACGCCAACGACCGGAGAUGGCAAUCGGGACUUGGGCACCGAUACGAGUCCGCACCGGCAGCUCAACACAACCAUCGAAGAAGGCGUCGUUCCGACACAACCAAGAAUUGCGGCGAGGUCCACCCACCCGCCCAAAAUGCCCAGAAUGACACGAAUUCGCUCGCUGGUGGCAUUUCUCCUCCUCGGCGCUUGCGCCCUCCUUUCCAACGGGGUUUGCCACGCCUUUGUCUCGCACCGAACGGCGGCGCGCCCGGUUCCGAAUAACCGUUUCCACCGCGGCCGCUCCCCUGCGGGGAGCACCGACACCCGUCUCUGUGCGAUUCCACCGGAAAUCCUGGUCGACGUCGAGGGAUCCCGCGUCCAGUUCUUUGGCUGGUUCUUUGGUGCCUCCGGGGGGAUGGGAAUCGCUGUCGGCGCCUUUCCCAGGAUGUACGAGCAGUUUCGGGCCCUCCGGGCUCUAAGGGGAUGCGAGCCAUCUCUGGGGGGCGAAACGGUGGGCCUGAGCCCGCUCUGCGGGUAUCCCGAGGAUCUGUGCGUCAGGGACCUGGAAAAGGUUGUCAACAACAAGCUGAGCAUCGAGCAAAUAGUAGAGAAAUUUCCGAUCGAGAACAAUUUCCUGUCGAGGAAUGGCUACAUUACCUUUCUUGCAUACGAACGGGCCAACAAGGGGAACAACCCGCUGGUGGUCCGUGCCGUCUUUGACUCGUUUGCGCAAUCCACGGACGCCUGCGAUCCAAACGUGGCGCAGGACAAGAUCGAUUCCUACAAGGAGGACGUCUACCAAAUCAAUGGUACCCUGCUCCAAUCCAAGCUCGUCGGGUAUUCGGCAAUCGGUACGCUGCUCUUUCUCCUGGGAUUGGCGCUCUCGGUUAUGGUUGGACAGCUCAAGAAUGGUUGGUUUCCAUCCUGGACACUGGCCGAUGGCAUUUUCAACAUUCCGGACUUCUGGAUUUGAACAAAACACACCAUUGUGGUCGACUGCUUGUUCCAAAGCAUGGAAAACGGUACGAUAGCCAUGAUGAUUAUCACAGUAACUU